AUGUCCACUGAACCAUCUAACGAACAUCCGAAAAUGGAAUGUGCCUGUGACGCUCCCAAGAGUGAGUCUUUAGGUGACAAAUUAGCCAAUUGGUAUUAUAGUGUGACCGACACUACAGCGGAGAUCAAAGUUGAGAGUAAGAGUCCUGAAGUGAAAGGGCCUUCAUACUUAAAAGGGGAGAUUAAAGACUAUGAAAUGACUCAAAACGGGAAAUAUAAAGUUCUAGUCUUUUAUUGUAAAGAUUACUCCAUCGUCUGUCCAAAGGAACUCGUCGCUUUCAAUGAAAAGUUCAAAUCAUUCCAAGACAACAACGCAGAGUUAAUUGGGAUAUCCGUCGACAACGUAGAAACGCAUAAGAAAGUCUCUGAGGCAACUAAGGAGAACUCAGGAAUAGGAAUGUUGGAAUAUCCUUUGGUAGCUGAUACUACUCACAAAAUUUGUAAAUCAUUUGGCGUCAUGAGUAUGACCGGCGUGGCAUGUCGGGCUACUAUUAUUGUAAAUCCAGAUAAUAUUGUUAAGUACGUCCAAAUCCAUUCACUUUUAUUCCAAAGAGAUACUCAAGCUAUCUUGGAUGAAUUGAUUAAACUUCAAAAGGGAGAUAGUAAGUAA